AAACGCGUGAUCUGUUUUCUGAACUCUAAUUGGCUGUCCCCAGCUCCUUUUGAAUAGCGUUCCCUGAUUUGAUGCGGAGGGAAGUUCAAAAAAUUUAGGAACAGGAACGGUGAAACUACUGGAAGAAGCGAGUAAUAAUGAUACGACAAGCGAAGGGUAAAACCCCCCGCAGGCCUCCAAAAAAGCCCUCCAGCAACCAGAAAGACCCUGUUGGUGUGUACUGCCGUGUACGACCCCUGGGUGUGGAGGAUGAAGAGUGCUGCAUUGAAGUGAUCAGUAGCACCACCAUCCAGCUACACGCUCCUGAAGGUUUCAAAACAAACCGAAAUGGAGAGUACAAAGAGACACAGUACUCCUUCAAAAAAGUCUUUGGCGUUUCAGUAUCUCAGAUCGAGCUGUUUGAGAAUAUGGCCAAACCUCUUGUGGACGACCUCAUUCAUGGGAAAAAUGGGCUUCUCUUCACAUACGGAGUCACAGGAAGUGGAAAGACGUACACCAUGACUGGCUCUCCAGGCCAGGGUGGACUUCUACCUCGCUCACUUGACAUGAUCUUCAGGAGUAUAGGACCCUACCAGGCCAAGAGAUAUGUUUUCAAAACUGAUGACAAGAAUGGUAUGGAGGUUCAGAAUGAUGUGGAUGCUUUGUUGGAGCGCCAAAGGCGGGAAAAUAACUUGCCUGUUCCAAAAACAUCAGCCAGGCAAAAGCUUGAUCCUGAAAUUGCUGACAUGAUAAAGCAGGAGGAGGCUUUCGAAGCAGAUGGAGUUGAUGAAGACAGCAGUUACAGUGUGUUUGUGUCCUACAUAGAAAUCUACAACAACUACAUCUAUGAUCUUCUAGAGGAAAACCAGGAAGAUGCGAUCAAACCAAAGUGGAAUGGUGGAGGCACACCAGUGCGCCAGAACACUGAUUUCAUACCACCUCAGUCUAAAACCCUCAGAGAGGAUCAGAAUCAUAACAUGUAUGUGGCUGGUUGUAUGGAAGUUGAAGUUAAGUCUGCUGAGGAGGCCUUUCAAGUAUUCUGGAGAGGUCAAAAGAAGAGGAAGGUUGCUAACACCCGUCUGAACCGGGAGUCCAGUCGCUCCCACAGUGUGCUCAUCAUUAAACUGGCUCAGGCGCCUCUUGAUGCAGAUGGAGAUAAUGUUCUCCAGGAUAAAAACCAGGUGACUGUCAGCCAGCUGUGCCUGGUGGAUUUAGCAGGAAGUGAGCGCACAGGAAGGACAGGCGCAGAAGGAACCCGUAUACGUGAAGCAGGUAACAUUAAUCAGUCGUUGCUGAACCUGCGGACAUGCAUCGAGAUUCUUCGAGAGAACCAGAUGUGUGGAACAAACAGGAUGGUUCCCUACAGAGAUUCCAAAAUAACACAUCUCUUCAAGAACUACUUUGAUGGAGAAGGAAAAGUCCGAAUGGUUGUGUGUGUCAAUCCAAAGGCCGAUGACUACGAGGAAACUUUGCUGGUGAUGCGGUUUGCAGAGAUGACCCAGGAGGUGGAGGUGGCUCGGCCGGUGGACAGGCCCAUCUGUGGCUUCACCCCGGGCCGUCGCCAUAGAAACCAGGCCUUUAAAGAGGAACUGUCCCGUAAACUAGAGGAGCGUGGUGGUCCAACAGACAGGGAUAUUCCAUCUGUUAUCAGCUCCGUGGUUCACAGUCUCCCACCCUUACCUUCCUGUGAGCUAACCGAUCCUUACGACGACAUCACUCUGCCCAGGCUGAUCGAAGCUCUUCAGAACAGAUACAGGAUCAGGCAGAUGAUGAUCGAUGAAUACCAUCAAGCAGCCAACAUGAUGAAGUCCUUGCUUCAGGAAGUGGACAACAACCUCAUUUCUAAAGAAAAUUUUAUUCAUGAACAAAAUGGGAAACUGAUUGAGAAGGACAAAAUCAUUCAGAACAACAAGGCUGAGAUCGAACGCUUGGAAAAGAAAAACAAGAUGCAAGAACACAAGAUUGAUAUUCUGCAGAAAACCACUAAAAUCUACGAGGAAGACAAACGUUCACUGCAGCAGGAGCUGGAAACCAGAGACCAGAGGCUGCAGAGGGAGCAGUCGGAGAAGAGACGCAUGGAGCAGCGCAUGCAUGGUGUGGUUUCAGACACCCAGCACAAGUGGGAGAAAGAAUGUGACAGACGUGUUAAUGCAAUGCAGCUGGAGAUGCAGAACAAGCUCUGGGUCAAAGACGAGAAGCUGAAACAGUUGAAGGCAAUUGUGACAGAAAGCAAGACUUCAACUCGUCCGGAUCCUCCACCACGUCAGACGCAACCUAAACGACCUUCUAGAGAGGAACGCCUCCCUGCAAAGAGAUCAGCCUCACCUUCGCCUGGCCCUUCUGUCCCCUUUGCUCCCCAGUGUCCUGUUGAUUGCCCUCAUGUCAGCCCAGUGCCAGGGCAAGUCAGUGCCACUAGAUUCGAGGAGGUUGAAAUGAGCCCCGUCCACAGCACCACCAGUAGCUCCUCGUCUGUAGCCAGCUGCAUCUCAACAUGGGAGCAGCGCACUGCCCAAGGCAGCAGGCAGGGUUAUCAGUCUCCCAGAACGCCCAAGAAAACCCAGUCCUCAGCAGGCAAAUCCCAGUCCACAGCAGGCACCUUGGCCAGCCAAGCCAGGAGGAGAGCCGUAUGUUUUAGUAAAGAAGAUGAAGAGGAGAGAUCCCCAACGUAUGAUCUAGACAUUACUGAGGGAUGCUACAGGACAGCGACCCCGGUGCGACCUCUGCACCGCCGCUCCCGCUCUGCUGGUGGGGAGAAAUGGGUGGACCACAAGCCCACCUCCAGCCUGGACUUGGGUACCGUUUUGCAGCCUGUCAUCCCCAAUGCCAUUCAGGUGUCUGCACCAAGUGAGAAGGCUCUAUCCAAGUGUGAUAGAUACGUGCUAACACAUCAAGAGAUCGCCUCUGAUGGCGAGAUAGAGACCAAACUUAUAAAGGGUGAAGUGAUAAGAACCAGAGGAGGAGGGCAGGCUGUCCAGUUCACUGACAUUGAGACGCUGAAGCAGGAGCUCACAACAAUCCCAAGCCGCAAAAGAAAAUCGUCAGAGGGCAAACCUGCAAAUGGAGCCCAAACAGAUGGAGCUUGGACAGAUACAGAGACAAGGUGCUCUGUGGCCGUGGAGAUGAGGGCUGGGUCAAAGAUUGGUCCUGGCUAUGAGCAUCAUGGAAUUACAAAGCGCAGAAAACCCUGAAUGCAGCUGCAGUGAUCACUUCCUCACUCUCACCUGGCUGUUGUGCAAUAAUCUCAACCUUUUUUUUAUUUAGCUGUAGUGAUGAUAUUUAAACAUUUUCCACACAACGUAUAUAUAAAAAUGUGUUUAUACAGGAAUCACCAAAGCUUUUUGUAAAAUAUAUUUUAUAUUUGUAUUUGAACCAAUAGAAAAAAGUGUUUGACUGAGUUAAAGGUGGCAGAAAUGUGUAGUUACUGCAGAUCUGCUGCUGAGAAAAGUGUGUUUGCACAUUUGUGUGUAAUGUAGUCACAUUUGAUACCUGGCACAUGAGACCUUGUGAAGCAUUGUUUUUGUCUGCUGCAUCACAGUCUCUUCUGGUUGGUGAAGUAUAGAACUGUAGGUUAAGUAAAAAAUACUCCAGAACUUUUCAAAUGCCUUUUGUUUUAUAAAAAAGAUUCUGCCACUGAAAAUGUGUUUUUACUCCUGCCUUACUACAAACCCAGGAAUAAAAUUCCAUUGCAAUAACA